GUAAAGACGAAGUGACGCAUCUUCCGUUCCCUUAACUUCCGCCUUGCACGUGUGUUUACAAAAAAUGUGGACCACUUGGCUUAAGAAAUAAUAUUAAUCAUAUUCCACUCUCACUAACGGUGCACUGGUUGAAAUAUGGGGAAGCUGAAUGUUGUGGUGUUGAGAUAUUUAUCUCGAGAUGACUUCCGAGUCCUCACGGCGGUUGAGAUGGGGAUGAAGAACCACGAGAUUGUUCCAGUGAGUCUCGUCUCCUCCAUUGCCAGCCUCAAACACGGUGGCUGCAACAAGGUCCUCAGGGAGCUUGUCAAACACAAACUUGUGGUCUAUGAACGCACCAAGAUGGUGCAGGGCUACAGGUUAAACUAUGGAGGAUAUGACUACCUAGCUCUGAAGACCAUGUGCUCUAGAGAAGUGAUCCUUUCAGUUGGAAACCAGAUGGGAGUGGGGAAAGAGUCAGAUAUAUAUAUUGUGGCAAGUCCAGAUGGGACCCAGUAUGCUCUGAAGCUUCACAGGCUUGGCCGUACCUCCUUCAGGAACCUAAAGAACAAGAGAGAUUACCACAAACACAGGAAGAACAUGUCCUGGCUUUACCUCUCUCGACUCUCUGCUAUGAAGGAGUUUGCCUACAUGAAGGCACUGUAUGAUCGAGGCUUCCCCGUUCCAAAGCCCGUGGACUACAACAGACAUGCUGUAGUGAUGGAGCUCAUCAAUGGAUAUCCACUGUGUCAAGUGCACGAGCUGCAAGACCCAUCAGCCCUGUACAGUGAGUUCAUGGAGCUCAUAGUCAAACUGGCCAAUCACGGUUUGAUUCACGGAGACUUUAACGAGUUCAACCUUAUGUUAGAUGACCAGGACCACAUAACAAUGAUCGACUUCCCUCAGAUGGUGUCCACCUCACACACUAAUGCUGAAUGGUAUUUUGAUCGAGAUGUAAAAUGCAUCAGAGAUUUCUUUGCAAAACGGUUUAAUUACGAGAGCGAGCUCUUCCCAACCUUCAAAGACAUCAGACGGUCGUAUUCUCUAGACGUUGAAGUCUCAGCCAGCGGCUUCACCAAAGACCUGGAGAGAGAUGGUGCAUUGCUACACCCAGCUGGACCUGAGGAAGAGGACGAUGACGACGAGAAGGACGACGAUGAAGACUCAACAGACGAGGAAGCAGAGAGAGAAGAGGAGAGUGUGGAUAUGGAUGAAUAUAAACAUGCAAUGCUGGAACUGGAGGGUCUGAAAGUCAGCGAGACACAUGCGGACAAACAACAAGAGGAGGAGGAGAGUGAGACAAGGGAAGAAGAGGAGGAGACUGAGAGAGCCCCUGAAGCUAGAAGUGAUGAGGAAGCAGAGAAUAUCUUAGAGGAAGAGUUAAAGGAAGCAGAGGAUGACUGCCCAGAGCUGACAGACCUUUCUGCCUCCAACAAAGAGUUCAAACCUUUCAGAGACUCAGACAGCCUUCUACACAUACCAGAACACAGGAGGAGGACAGACAGCGAGGCUACAAUGGGCAGCAUAGGGAGCUGCUCCACCAUCCCACCAGAGGUAGUCCGUCAGAAGGUGCGGAGGCAGCUCACCAAACAGCAGAAGGCAGCACAGAGGAGACGUCUGCAGAGGGGAGAAGCCAACUUGGUGACCAAAUCCAGGAGAGAGAAUCAAAUGAACAUCAAGUCUAGUAUGGAGAGCGCCUCCUUCUGGGGAUAAACAGGAAUGUGAUGGAUGGAGGGAAUUCAUGUCAACAUCCUUUUCUAUGGUUAACAUGCACGACAUGGUUCCUCUGUCUGAAGAGAUGUAAACACAUGAUGCCUGAUGGAAAAACCCAACAAGAGAGUGUCUGUGCAUCAUCUCAGCUGUCCUGUACUGUCAUGGAAAAUUCACAAGGGAAGAAUGACAAAACUGAGAUCCACACCACCGUGAAAACAAACUUUGUGUAUUUUUAUAGUUGGCUCCCACACUGUCAAGUUAGAGGAUGUCCUUCCUCUAUGUAAACAUCAACAUACAGUAUAAUGUAAAUAUGGACUACUUACAAUGGAGCAGUGUGAUUGACAAUUAAACCAUUUAAACAUUA